AUCGCAUUUUAAACUUGUACCGAAAUACAAAAACAAAACCUUUUCCAAAAUGAUGUGCAAACUGUUUGUGAUCUUCGCCAUCGUGGCCAUCUCCAGCUGCUCUGCUGACCCAGAACCAAAGGCAAAACCCGGAUUCCUUGCUGCCCCGGCCGCAGUGGUUACCGCCACCAGCCACCAGUCCUUCGUCAGAGGAUACUCCGCCCCUCUUGUGGCCGCCCCUGCUGUAGCAUACACCGCCCCAUACGCUGCCGCUUAUGCGGCCCCUUACGUCGCUGCUGCCGCUCCGAUCGCGUAUCUUUGAACAGUUGA